AUCACCUUGAGGAAAGCAAGGUCCACAAUGAUGAUCACCCUCCCAGCAUAUCCCGCAUACGAAGUCACGAACUGCAACACCACUGAUAUCUCGGUGAAUGCGCAUGCCUCGGCAGUUCCCGCACGGGCCGCGGUACCUUUGGCAGUGCGACCGUGUGGAGAUGCCCUUUAUCCACUGCCAUCAUGGCGCCAUCCAACCUGGUCGCAGAAUGGCAAGCAGCUAGAGAGGCGUUGAUAGCCUCGGACAGGAGCCUGAGGAGGGACUCUCAGCGCCCUCCUCUAUCUUCAGCGGAACAAAAGGCUGAGAAAAUCAUUCGAGCCAUCCGCAAGAAAGAAGCAGAAGGAAUAUGGGCAGCUCCUCAUGAAGCGAUUCCUCAUCCUUUCCCUGGCAUGGAAUUUCUCACAGGGAGGAAGAUUAUUGAACAAACUACGCUGUUCGAGAUCCUACAGAAGAUGCCCAAGGGCGGACUACUUCACGCGCAUCUCGACGCGACUGUCGAUGUAAACAUCCUGCUGCAGUAUGCAAUAGAGGCCCCUGGAAUGCACAUACGCAUCACUCGUUCGCUGGACCCCGCUACAUUGACGUCCAACGUUCCGCAAUUCGCCGUCAUCCCUCAGUCAGAAUCCACCAGCUACACCGGCCUGGACGACGCUCCUGCGGAGUCAUGGGUUCCCAUCGUCUCUGCACGAGAUCAUUUUGUCAACGGAGGGCCAGCGGGCUUCGACAAGUGGGCUCUGAGCACCAUGACCAUCAACCCAUCCGAGGCGUACGGCACUCACAACACAUUAACGAAGAUAUGGCAGAAAUUCCUAUCAACAUUCCGUGCUACACAUGGCAUCAUCUACCAUAUGCCCAUCUUCGAGAAAUAUAUACGGAAAUCCCUGCUGACCUCGGUUGAGGACGGCAUAUCAUACGUCGAGCCACGUAUCAAUUUCCUUGCUAGAUUCAUGACCGGCGCAGACGGAUUAGAGAAUAUUCCACAUCGCGACUGGCUUGUAGUCUUCGACAGAAUCCUCAACGAGGUCAAGGAGUACUCCAAGCAGCAAGGGAAUGACUUCGUAGGAGCAAAGAUCAUAUAUUCCACUGUACGCUUCAUCACCCCCGAAGAGCUCGAGUGGUAUCUGCAGGACUGCAUCGCCCUAAAGAAGGAGUUCCCGCAUCUCAUUGCUGGAUUCGAUCUCGUCGGCGACGAGAACGUGCUACACCCUCUCAAGUACUACGCGGAAGUGCUCCUGAAGUUCCCCGCGAUGCAAGAAGCGGCAGGGUUGCCGGAAGACCAGCGCAUUCCGUUCAUCUUCCACGCUGGGGAGACGCUUGGAGAUGGAUCAGAACCGGAUGAUAACCUGUACGACGCGGUGUUGUUAGGGACGAAGCGCAUCGGACAUGGCUUCUCGAUCGUUAAGCACCCAAAAAUCAUGGAAAUAUGCCGCGAGCGAGAAAUCUGCAUCGAGGUCUGCCCUAUCUCGAACGAGGUGCUGCGCUUGACCUCGUCGAUGCCCAUGCACCCACUCCCCAUCAUGAUCAACAACGGGCUGCCUGUCGCGCUGUGCAGCGACGACCCCGCUGUCUUUGGCAACAUGGGCCUCACGUAUGAUUACUUCCAGGUCCUGGCGGCGAGCGAGCAAAACGGCCUGAUUACCUUGGGUGAGCUGGCGAAGGACAGCAUCAAGUUCUCCUGCCUCUCCGAUGAGGAGAAGAUGGCUGCGCUCGAGUCCUGGCAGCGCAGAUGGGACGCAUUCAUAGACCUGAUCGUCGAGAAGUACGGGCAGGAGGCGGGCGUUUGAGAUCGCCAUAAUUGGGUUGCGAGUACUUAAUGUAUAUUUACAUGCAGGACUGUUUCCUUGCUCCAACGCUGGGCGCUAGGCGGGACGUCGUGGAGCUCAACCUCCAGUCCCAUAGACGCGAAUACCAAGCAUGCGCAGACCUGGGUGAGACCGUUGUAUCUGUACGCCAACCAUAGGAAGUCGAUAGGUAGGGAUCUUGUCAUCAGUCUAGCCUCUCUUUGCGCGGGACUCUAGCGCCCUGCUGCCGCGGCUAAGUAGCCCCUCGUCAUGUCAACACGCGGCCGCUCCUGGCACCUCAGCUUGCUCGUGGA